AUGCGGGUGAAAAGUCGGCUACCAGAGACCCUGCUGCUGCUGCUGCUGCUGUAUGAGAUGGAGGAUGGAAGAUGCUCAAAGGUGGAUAUCAUCGACGCACCGGAUGAGAAGAGUUGGAAGCCAGAGCAGUCUCAGAGCGGCAGAGGGGAAGAUGGAGGGUAUCGCUGCCAAAGGAUAUACGAUGUACUGCACAUGAAGAAGCGAAUAGGGGAGAUGGUAAGGGAGCCGGAGAUGACCUCUGGAAGCAGACGCAAAGCCGGGCCAUGUCGCGAGAAUGAGAGAUACCAGAACUUCAAGCCGGUGCAUACCGGUGCGUUCUCUCUAGACAAGGACCGUCUCUAUCAGUCCUGUCCGUCACCUACUAAGCCGCCGACAAUCCCAACCUGUACCACCACGUCUUCACUUUCUCGUACAGAGGAAAGCAGUGUCGAGCUGGGCACUGGAACGGGCAGAUGGGCAGCAGACUUCGCAUUCCCUCCGCUACCGUUGUGGCCACGGACAUCUCUCCCCCUCGAGCCAGCCGCCAACGUUGCCCAUGCAAACUACGACUUCAUGCCGGCCCUGUACGGAGAGACACCCAAAGCCCUCAAGCCAGGCGGCUGGUUCGAGCAAGCCGGGAUCAGCGUGGUGGCCGUCUCGGACGGUGGCUACCUACAUGGACAAAUGGGGUGCUCUGGCGCAGAGCUGGGCGGCACUCGCUAUCGCGCAGGAGAAACCGGCUUCGUCGACGUGUCUGGCCGAUCGGUGAAUGGGCGGAGGAGAGAAUCGCAUCGGAUGGGAAAAAGGGGUUGCCCUCUGCUAUACAGCGCCAACGCCGGUCGUGGCAUUGGACUAUCUGCUCUGUCUAGUUUCCUCCUUUGCACACCAGGAUCUAGUGACAGUGGAUGUGCAAGAGACGAGAGCUGUGCGACGGCAUACGACGGGACUUGCACGACCCAGGAUUCAUGCGUAUCAACCUGUGUCGAUCUUAUAGGGGUUAUAUCACCUCUACCACGACCAGCCUUGUAG